AUCAUGACACGGCCGCUAUACUCGGACCUUGAGUUCUUCAGGCGCACCGAUCGAGGGGUGCACAUGCCACUGAGCCAGAGUUCUCAUGUCCACGAUCAAUAUGAGACUGGAAGCCACCUCAGCAGCCGCACUACGCCAUCAUCUGAGCCAGAUAGCAGAACGUCGACCGGCUCGAGGAAGCGUGUGCCUGUUGCUUGCGAACGAUGUCGAAAACGAAAAAUCAAGUGCAGUGGCAAUGAAGGCGAUAGUCAAGCUUGUGCCAACUGCAAGAACUCUGGGUUGGAAGACUCAUGUCGAUUUCUUCGAGCAAGUGCCCUCCUUGCCGUCCAAUCUGUUGAAACCACGCACCUUGGCUUUCCGCGGACCUAUGCACCCCGAUACUCUCCGUAUGGACUUCCGUCCCAUCAUCGCCUGAAUUACAUGUCUAUGCCGUCGAGAUGCUCUCCGCCCAGUACUCUACAAUAUCACUCUCUUCCUAGCAGCGUUGAGUACAGUCCGUACACUCAUCAAGCCACGAAUGUCGACUGGAGGCCGCCAUAUGUCGGACAUAUGAAUCCGUAUUCACCAUACCCUGACGACGAAGAGUCAAGUCCCCUCGUUACGCAACCUCCGUCCUACAUGCUCCCCAAUACAGAUCCCAUGGCGACCACCAACACCUUCUACAUGCACGGACAUGGAGUGAGACCACAUCCUAGUUCACUUUGGCCAGAGACUCAGCCCUGUGUGUCUCAGCCCAUUUCGCAGCUGACCGGCAUCCCCUACACUAUGCCUCAUGAGACUGCACAGUCCUUCCAAACAAUUGGAAUCGCUGGAAGCCUUCCUUCAGACCGUAUCUUACCACAACCCAUCACGGCACGUAGCUAUAUACCGACGCCAGCCAGCUCAAUUGAUAUACCUUUUUCCAACCCGGUUCAGCGAACGCAUAGCCUCUGGCACAACGAUACGGGGACGUCUGUUCACCAGCUACCGAAUCCAGCGGAGGCGAAUUCAAGGCAAGAGCAGAGCACUGGCAGGGAAAGUGUCUCCUACAGAUUACAAGACAUGACAUAUAACCAGGCGAACUUGAAUGAAGCACUUUCCGUGACUCCUGCAUCGGCCGGCAACUAUCUUGCAGUCGACGAGUCUCGGCGUUCUACAACGACAGCUCCACGGGAAGAUGCCACCUCUCAGCAGUCGGCCUUAGGUCUGAUCACGCCCGGGAGCCAGAAAUCAAACACGGAGACCUCCGACGUGACAUACAACUACAGUUCCAUGGGCAGCCACCUUUCACAAUUAGGCGGUGCAUCUGGCGAGCUCCGCCCAGGGGCGUUGUACUGCCAAACAACAAUGCUUCCACAACGAGAAGCUGGCUCUGAUGAUUGCAGUCCGGACUGCACCAGCUGUCAGACUGAGUCCACUCGAACGUCGUUCACGUCGAUGACCAGCACGUCCUCCGGUUGCUGA